UAUAUUGAAAAACAUUGGCCUCAACCUUCAACGAACACUUGCAUUGAUAUUAAUCAUCUUGAUGAAAAUGGGGCCUACGAGAAGUGCUUGAUAGAUAACCUUGCAGUAGAUCCGACCAUGUUAUAACUCUGCAAAGUGUCUGUUGAGUGGCGGACUCAAAUCAGUCAUGAACACCAAAGGUAGUUCAACUCCUCUGCUUGAAGCUGACUUCCAGGGAAAUGGGCAAAGGGAAGCAUCUCCAAUACCUCUUACUCUUAUUUUCAGCACCCUUUCUGCUGUUUUUGGUUCUUACGCUUUUGGUUUUGCUAUCGCAUAUUCAUCUCCUACUCAAUCUGGAAUUAUGCAUGACCUGGAUCUCGCUCUCAACCAGUACUCAAGUUUUGGUUCAAUAUUGACUGUUGGAGCGAUGAUUGGUGCCACUGUAAGCGGUAGAAUAGCAGAUUAUGCAGGUCGUCGAGUUGCCAUGGGUAUGUCGGAGGUUUUCUGCAUCUUGGGAUCGCUUAUCAUAGCAUUCUCUAAGGUUGCUUGGUGGCUUUACCUUGGAAGACUACUAAUAGGAUGUGGGAUUGGUGUGAUAUCUUAUGUGGUUCCAGUUUAUGUAGCAGAAAUAACACCCAAGAAUCUUCGAGGAACAUUUACUGCAGUUCAUGAGCUUCUGAGUCUUCCCUUCAUCCCUGAUUCACCUAGGUGGCAAGCUAAGGUUGGUCGCUUGAAAGAGAGUGAAUCUGCUUUACAGCGCCUUAGGGGAAAGAACGCUGAUGUUUAUCAAGAGGCCACUGAAAUCAGAGAUUACACAGAAGCCCUUCAGCGACAAACAGAAGCUAGCAUUAUUGGAUUAUUUCAAUUGCAUUACUUAAAGUCACUUACAGUAGGAGUAGGCUUGAUGAUGCUGCAACAGUUUGGAGGGUUUUCUGGCAUACUUUUUUAUACAAAUUCCAUAUUCACCUCGGCUGGGUUUUCAGAUAGUAUUGGAACAAUAGCAAUGGUUGCUGUUAAGAUCCCAGCGACUACUUUAGGAGUAUUUUUGAUGGAUAAAUGUGGAAGACGACCACUUUUACUGGCCUCUGCCAUAGGAACAUGCUUAGGAAGCUUCCUUGCAGCCCUAUCAUUCUUCUUGAAGGAUUUACAUGAACGGAAUGGAAUCAGUCCCAUUAUGGCGCUUGUUGGUGUACUGGUAUAUAUGGGAUCCUUCACGCUAGGCUUGGCAGGAAUUCCAUGGGUUAUAAUGUCUGAGCUGAGAUAUUUCCCAUUAAUGUGAAGGGCUCUGCUGGAAGCUUAGUAACGUUCAUGUUCUUGGAUUGUGUCAUAUGCUUUUAACUUUCUCAUGAGUUGGAGUUCAGUAGGAACUUUCUUCAUAUUCUCUAGCAUAUGUGGCCUCACUGUUGUUUUCGUAGCAAAACUAGUGCCAGAGACCAAGGGCCGUACACUAGAGGAAAUUCAAGCUUCUUUGAAUUCGAAUUAAGAGAUGAAUAUACAAAUUUACAAUUUGUCCAAAUGGAAGAUCGAUGGAGAUUCCGUGUAAUAAGCUUGUUAAAAUACGCAUCUAAAUGUAGGAAAUGACAAUCAGCGAGUAUCAGUGGUUAUUGUGAUCAGUUGUAUUGUAUUAUUUUUUUAAUAUUUUUUACACCAUUAUUUUGAUUUA